AUGAACAGGCUUCCUCCGGUUGAUACAGGUGUACAUCGGCUCACCCACGUCAGCCCUGCACCCUCCCUCGAUAUCUCGGGCGAUCAAUACAUAGCCAAGAGGAGGGAUACAAACGUAAAGGCGUACCCGGGACGGCCUACAUUCCAGCGCAGCUUCUCCAAACCCACUCAAUUACUACUGCAAUCGACCGAGAACUACUCUCUCCUCCAUGGGAUCCUUGCCGACGAUGACUCCCGGCGGAUCUUCUACUUUAUGAUCUUAAAUUUGUGUUUUAUGGUGGUUCAAUCAACAUAUGGCGUCUUGACGGGAUCUUUAGGGUUGAUCAGCGACAGCAUACACAUGUUCUUUGACUGUGUUGCCUUACUGGUUGGCGUUUGUGCGGCAGUCAUGAGCAAAUGGCCUCCUAGCAUCAAGUUUCCCUACGGCUAUGGCAAGAUUGAUACUCUGGCAGGCCUCGGCAAUGGGAUUUUCCUAAUGCUUAUCAGUAUUGAAAUUGUAUAUGAAGCAAUCGAGCGGCUAUUUUCCGGUGCCGAUGUCAGCCGUACGAUGGAACUCCUCGUGGUCAGCACCAUUGGUUUGGUUGUGAACCUCGUCGGUAUCUUCGCCUUUCACGGGGCGCACGGUCAUGGCCAUGGAGAUCAUGGGCACGACCACGACCACAAUCAUGGCAAUCACGGCCACAGCCACGACCACGACCACGAUCACGACCACGAUCACGACCACAAACAUGGCCAUGGCCACAGCGAGGCAGAGACGCCGCUGACGGCGUCUGCAUCCCCAGUCAAAGGCAAGAAGGCAGCAAGCGGCCACCAUCAUGGAGGCGAGAAUAUGCAAGGCAUUUACCUCCACAUCAUGGCCGACGCCCUUGGGUCAGUGGCUGUGGUUGGAUCGACCGUGCUCGUCCGUCUGACCGGUUGGAGCGGAUUCGAUCCGCUGGCAUCGUGCAUCAUUGCGGUGCUGAUCUUCGCCUCCACGAUCCCUCUGGUGACAUCGACGACCAAGAUUCUUCUGCUGUCCCUGAACUCCGACAUCGAGUACAACCUGCGUGGGAUCCUCAGCGGCGUUGCCGAGAUCCGAGGUGUGGCCGGGUAUACUGUGCCGAAGUUCUGGCUGGAAGACAUCAAGAAAGAACCAGGUCACCACCACGGGCAUUCGCAUUCCCAUGGUCACGAUCACGGUCAUAACCACGGCCACUCCCACAAGGAUAGUGAUGGAACAGCCUGUAGCGGCGGGGCCGAAGACCCGACUGUGGUAGGAGUCAUCCAUGUCAUUGCCGCGCAGACGGCCGAUCUCGAGGACGUCAGGCAGAGAGUGGACAUGUAUCUACGUUCGCGGAAGAUGGAUGUCGUCAUUCAGAUGGAGCGCGAAGGCGAGAACAGAUGUUGGUGUGGUGGCGGACUGAAAUCAUGA